GCACGGAUGAUGCGGCAGUCUGCACGCAUCGUGCUUCAACCUGCCAAAGUUUCCAGUUAACUCUGUCAAAACAAGACACUUAGACGUCCUUAUUUGUUGGGCUGCAUAUAUAGUGAGACGGCGGGCAGUCCCCCCUGUUCUCUGCGCCUGCUGCCUAUAAUAAGCUUUGCCGACUUUCUUCGCAAGCUAGACUUUACAGUGUAAUGAGGUUAGGAAACAGCAGGCCUCAUUUUAGGAAACUGCUGGCCUCACUUGUCUUAUCGCUCACAGCGCUCACCGGCUGCCACUCAGAGCAGCGCAGCUUUGGAUGUGGGCAAAUAAGCACCGAGUGCAUGCCAUAUGCACGCCUGCUGGCUCCUCUGCCGAAAACCCGGGAUGCUUGGUUGGCAGAAGGAGGGCUCGACGAGAAAUCGUUCGCUCACUGGAAAGAGCGCGCAAUAAUGGGCGGGGAUGGAAUCUACGUCAGCAUCAAGGACGGCGAGGUGCACGUCGCAAUACAUCGCCCCGACUCUCAGACCCGUCUGUAUUCAGAACUUAUGCUCCUGCAUAGAGCAGUGACUCGAUUUCCUAACAGCCUACCGGAUAUGGACUUCGUGAUCGGCAACUGGGACGUGCCUGUCGGAGGGCCCUUCAUGUCGUUUUGCCGGCACAACACCGACAAUAAGACCUGGCUAUACCCCGAUUUCUCAUACUAUGCGUGGCCGGAGAUUCAUAUGCCGCCUUACCUGGUCAUACGUCAACGCACUGCUUCAGUCACAACAAAAUUGCCCUUUGGGUCUAGGGCAAAUAAACUCUUUUGGAGAGGUGGCUCACACAAGUAUGUGCCUGUUGAGGUCCGAAAGAUGUUGCUGACAAAGCUUGAAAAUCGCACGGACAUUGCGGAUGUGAAGCGCAUUCCACCAUUUGAUCAAAUGAAGAAUAAUAUAUCCGCAGUUUUGGAGUUCACAACGCUUUGGGACUUUUGCAGGCACAAGUAUAUUGUGUACACAGAAGGCAACGCUUACAGCGGCAGGCUGAAGUUCCACCUGUUGUGCGGCAGUGUCCUUGUAUCACAUCCCCGGACAUGGGAAACACUUGAGACACUUGUCAUGGAAGAGGGGAAAAACUUUAUUACUGUGAAAGACAACGCAUGGUCAGAUAUUGAUGAGGUGUACAGACGUUUGGAAACUACCCCUGGCUUAGCCGAGGGCAUUGCGGCUGAGAACCACAAGUUUUUUGACUUGCUCUCAGCUGAUGGCAUUGCUUGCUAUUUGCUGGAGCUUUUCAAAUGCUAUGCGGAAGCCAUGGUCUACACACCAAGCUACCAUGACACAGCACGGCUGAUGCACCUAGAGACGUUGAUACUGUCAAGGCUUGCUGGACGGCAGGGCUUUGAUAUAAUCUAAAACAUGACUUUGGAUGGCAAGCAAGCUCCGGGUGACUGUUUAAUUGUAGCAUGGAGCUUGGUGGCCUUCAAAGGUGAUGGUUAUUUAUUGGGGAAGUUACAUGAGGAGGCUCUGGGAAAAUCAAGUCAUGUUGUGAUGUUUUACAUACCUUACCACUGUGUGUCUAUCCAUGAAGCACAUAAUUUGGUAACCAUGAGCAUUCACUACAUUGGAGAGCAGCUGUGGGCCUGAGGGAUCUACAAAAUACCGAGCUGUAUGAGGUGUUAAGAGGACUGACAGGCAUACAACAUCUAAGGAGUUAGAGGAAUAGCAAGUAGUUGGAUGAGAAGGGGUGUCCCACACGCACAGGAGGGGUGAGCAUGCAGGUACCUAAUGGCUUGGCAGCAGGUAGCAAGAAUUUUCAGGCUCAAACAAAGCUAUUGCCUUCAUGUAUGGUCUUUACAAUGGUAUGCACACAUGGGGUUGUAUAUCUACAUGGCAGAAGUGCAGCAUCAUCCAAACCUAACCGAUCACCCUGCCCUCAACCCAGUGCUGUUGUGUCCUGGCGCAUGAGCGUGCGUGGCGUGUCACACCGACCAUUGGGCAGUGCUCAUAUCUUAAGAAGGCAGGUGCGGCGCCAGUGACAGAUUUCCGAAAAAGGGCAUCUUUAAUUUUCAGAAACCCGGUGCCGCCGCAUCUUUCAUCCCCCAAAUAUUUUCGGGGGCUCCGCCCCCGACCUAUGCAUGCUUCGUGUCAGGCCAGGGGGGUGUCAGGCCGUGUUGGCAAUCUCUCAAUCUCCCAUUCGUGCCAUGCAUCCAUCUCGAAACAGAAACUCAACACAGACAUUGCCAUUGCCAUUGCCAUCACGCACGCCAUGGCUGGUACUGAGCACCGGUGUAAUGGCAAACAAGC